AUGACAGUUAUUCAUAGGGCAAUCUUCACCAUCUCUAAGCCUCCCCUUGAACAGCAGACUGUUUGGCGGAUCCUUGCCCACGUGAAGAAGACGCUUGCAGACGUUUCACAACAACAACAAGAGACACAUGUCCGACUGGUGGACUUCAAAGUCCCCUACACCACGUACUACGGAGUGGGCUCGUACAUGGACCAGGUCCAAGUGUCGUUGAGAACAGAGACGCUCGAGGAGGAACACCUUGUAACUCGCUUUCUACAGAACGGCCUCCCCCCGCUGGACGGUCUCUCCUUUCACAGCAAGACUGUAACGGCUACAGCGGAUACCACCUCAUGUACCGUCUCUGGAGGGUGA